AUGUUUUUCGGAAUCAAACCAGGUCCGGAAGAAGGGAAGGUGCUCGGUUCGAUCCUACUUCCGUCGUACAAAAUCCGUCCUUGUUCCGGCGAAGAAAAGUUGUUCCGCAAAUUCGCUUUCAAGAUCGAACACCUGAAUAUGCGAACGUAUUUCUUCGCGGCGGACAGCAAAGACUCGAUGACUCGGUGGAUGAAUGCCCUCAGUCUGGCCAGCAUCAUGCACAGCAAAGACGGAAAGAUCGAAGAAAACAGCGUGAUGAACGGCGAUGAAGCAGACGGCGGGUUCCGAUCCCAAAGCAACUGGCGACCCAAGAGCCUGGACGCCAGUCGAACCCUGAAUCGCAGCUGGGGUGACUGGAACCCACCACCACCAGCACCCCCGUCAUCAUCCCACGCAGCAUCCUCUGGACAACCCGACACCAACCAACAACGUCUCAACGCCAGUUAUGACUCGGAGAUGUCGCCUCCUCUCCUGCGACAGCCCCUGUAUGCUAACGCACCUCCCAAGCCCAAGAGAAUCGUCGAUUGGGAAAAUGGUCAGAUUGGACCGGAUUACGCUUAUGGUCCUAUCCCAGGAAUGACACCCAAUAAUCUGGUUGCUGCGUAUAAUCCGGCUGAUAGAAGAACCCCUGAGGCGUAUGCUCGUUCUAGAUUCGACUAUGAACAACAACAACAACAACAACAACAACAGCAGCAGCAACAGUCACCAGCACCCGUUUUUCGGAAAUUGCAAACGUUGCCAGCGAGACACCAGUCGCCGUAUGCGUCAGUUGUUGGUCCUCCUCCAUCAUCAUCAUCAUCAGCUGCUCAACACCAGCAGCAGCAUCUCAGGAAACCCGGGUACCAUCGACAACAACAACAACAUCAACACCACCACCACCAGCAGCAGCAAAAUCAGUCCUUUGCACCUCAACGUCCGCAUUCCGCGGAUUUCUUGGACUUUGAACCGAAUUUAAUGCCUCGGACGCAGCAGGGUCAUCGUCAUCCGAGACCCAAGUCCAGCAUUGACCAGCUGCCACCCAGUGAUUAUUGGUCGGAAGAAGCUGCGUAUGCGGAGAAGAUGCGACAGAUGACGCGGCCGUCGAGUGUGAAGCCGCCGUCGUCGCUGGCAUUGAAGUCCUCCGUCGUCACCGCCGCCUCACCGGCGCCUUCGGCGGUGGCGGCGGCUGUUGUUGUCAGCCAGAAUGGACAGAUGAGCGUGAGCCCGCAUCCGAAUUACUCUUCGCAGACGUUUCCUUCCCGAGCUGCCAUGUCGAUGACGAAUCCGACUGGGAAUGGGGUUGUUUCGGAUAGACGGGAUAAUCGUCAGCAGACGUCGACGAUGACGACGACGACGAGGCAUUCGCCGUCGUUGGACUCGACGGCGAAUAAUGGGUUUUUGAGAUCGGCGAGUGCGAGGUUGCCGAGACUGAAGCAGCCGAGAGACCAGGAGUUGAUGUUGCAGUCGGCUGCGAGUGUGGCCUAUUUGGAGGACCCCGACUGCGAUCCGUCCAAGAUUGUGGACCGGAAAAAGCUGCAGCAGGUCGCGGUUGUAAUACUGGGUGGACCGCGAGAGGAAUCGAUGAAGCGGCUGCUGGAAUGGAAACAGCGGAUGCUCCAGUCGCCACUGACUCGAAAGGCCCACUCUCCCAAGCCUGAAUCUCCGAAACUCGGCAGCACCAAUAACAACAACAACAACAUUACCCCCGCUGGCAACAACAGCAAGUAUCGUUGGCAAGACGUCCCUCUGCAGCAGCAGCAACACAGGAAAGAACACGCGACGACGACGACGACGGGGCCCAUGAAUGGGACAGCUGGCCGUCAACAACGACCGACGAGUCUGGAAGUGACGCCCGUGAUGGCGGCCGUGAGCAACGCGGGCGCCGCGGAACCGCAUCAUCGCAAAACCCAGCGUGUCAAGGGCGACGGUUUGGCGAAUGAUGAUGAUGAUGACGAGGCUCAUCGCCGUCAUCAUCACCAAGGACAACAUCAUCAGCAGCAGCAGUGGGGACCGAGUAGCAAGUCUUCGCACGUGCAUCGGAACCAGGCGUAUGCCAGCUUUUCAUCUGAUGACGAAGCGGAAGAAGACUUGGGAAUGUCGGCGAGGAUUUUGUCGCCAUCCCGAGGAGGAGGAGGAGGAGGGAUUUCCGCCGCCGCCGCCGCCCCGAAUUUCGUGCCCGACUACGUCAACAUCUCGCACUUGGCCGCCAGUCCGUCUUCGCCGCCGAGCUUCGUGGCCCACGAGAUCCGCUACGACAAGACCGAGUGCUACAAGGCCAACCUGGAAAAGCGGGCCAAUCGGUGGCUGCCGGACGUGUUCAAGGCGCCGCAAGUCGAAUACUGUUACGAGGCCAACACCGUGUCCAAGGGCCAGUCCAAGUGGGUGAAGACGUCGUCUGCUGCCGCCUCAUCAUCGACGACGACGCCGAAUGGCGGCAAGCAGGCGUCGUCGAACCGGGCCCAUCAUCUUCAAUCGACGACGACGAAUGACAAUUUCUCGACGGGAAAGUAUUCAGACAGUGGAUACGACACCGUGCGUUUCGAUAGCGUGUCGCGCGAGGAUCUUUGUCGCAUGUCGUCGAAGCCGUCGUCGUCGUCGACGUCGUCUUUGUACAAGGCCGAGACGGACGUGGCGGCCGCCAUGCCAAAGAAUCUCGUGCAGCAACGCGUCAAGGCCUUUGAACAACAGCAACAACAACAACAACAUAAUCCCAACGACGAGCAAUGCUACAAAUACUCGCCGACUGCGACGGAACCCGAAUUAGUCGCCGCGUUUGGAAACGGCAGCAUCUGCGAUCGAAAGUCGCUCGACGGCGGCGGCGGCGGAGGCGGCGACACUGAAGCUUCACGUGGUCCCGCCGUGCCUCCAAAGCCGUCUCGAGCACAUGUUCGACUCAGUAUGGUUGAAACGAUGGAGAAAUCCAUCUUGGGGUUGUCGGAUAGCGACGACGACGACGAUGACGAGGAUGGUGGUGGUAUGGCGCCUGCUGGCGGCCCGACCAUCUCCACAACCGCCGCCGCCACUACCAGAGCCUGGAAAUUGGAUGAUGACGAGGGACUCGUGGACGAACACGACGAGGCAAAUGUGGUUGCGGAAGAUCAUUACUUGCCGAUGACACCGCAGAAACAGCCGAGGUCUGCGGCCAACAACAACAAUAAGGGCAACACUCCGUCGAGGACUCUCGUCGUGGAGUCCAUCAUGAAGCGCAGGUUAAUUACAUUGAAAAACGAGACAUCGUUGCAAAUUGGGGUGAGGGAGGGGAAAACAGCCACAAAGAAAAGAAAGAAAAGAAAAAAAAAAACUGGUGCCAUGCUGCCGCGCAGGUACGAGGAAAGCACGUACGUGGACAUGACGGAGGAGCACCUGGCCACCGCCGCCGGAACAGCAGCGGGCCAUCGGGCGCUAUCUGUGUUUGAACAGGAUCAAGGGCAGUUCAGCGCUGGGUACCCCCUGGAGAGUCCCAAGUACUGCGAGAUCUCCGGCGAGCAGCACUACGAGCUGCUCAGCCGGAGCUACUCGGGACACACGGAGCCCAUCUACAACGAAGUGGCGGCGUCCGAGUACUCGGCCAAGCAACUCAUGACGACCAUCCCGGACCUGGUACCGUCCAAGUCCGGCUUCGAGUCUGACUCGGCGUCGGAUGCCGACGAUGAGGCGUCCAAGGACCUGGACGCCAUCGGCACGAGCAGGAAGCAUAACCAGUCUUCCGACUCGGAUCUUGUUCCUCCGCCACCGAUCCCGCGUUCGCCGCCUCCAUUGGACGAUCAUCAUCAUCAUCACCACCAGCAUCACCGCCUCCACAACCACCAUUCCCAUUUGCGAGGCAGCAAGCAAAGCUUGACGAAUUCUUUGGGCGACGCCGCUGCGAACCAUGAUCCGCUUCGUCCACCAGAGCCGCCGGGAAGACUCCGAAUCGCCCUGAAUGCUGCUUGGAAAGACGUGGAGAAGCGCAAGAGUUUGGAGGCGCCGGAAGCACCAUCAACGACGUCAGCGGUGGCGACAGAAGCGUACACGCCAAGGGAAAGCAUGUUACGUUCACCAUUGGAUUCAGAGCUGAAUUAUUCUUAUUAUCGAGUGUAUGACGAGCAGCAACGAAGCGAUGCGUUGCUGCAACAGCAACACCAACAACAACAACCGCCGCCACCUCAUUUGCAGCGUCCGCCGCCACCACCUGUGACAACAACAACGACAACAACAACGACGGCGAACGCAGCUCCGUCAUCGACGAUUCACAGCCGUCACGGCCGCACGAAUUCCACAGCCUCCAGUGAUUCCAAUCGCAGUGGCGCCCCUUACUAUUACUCCGACUUGCUCGAGACCGCCGCCGCGUCGUCUUCGGAACUCACGCCGGACUUGCAAGAGAAAAUCCUGCGCAGUUUAACCGCCAAAGCCAGGAACCAGCUCAACAACAGCCGACUCUUUGAUCAGGAAAACGGGAAACGAACGGAUAUCGGCAAGCGAGUGAAUCCCAUCGUGCCCGAGACCAUGGACACGGACCAUCCUCCAAAGUUAUCCCGCGAAGAAUUCCAGCGCACUGUGCAAUUAUUUGAGGCGUCCAAGGGCUACGACUCGAAGAAUGUCUAUGCAUCCGGCGCCGGAAUGCUCAAGUUUCCCGCGGGUCGUUCCGUGACGCCAGAUCCGUCGGUGUUGUGGGAAGCUAGUAGUAGUAGUGGUGGUGGUGGUGGUAGGCGAGCUAGAAGUCUCGAAGGACUCCUCAACACCGCCGAGGACGCCACCACCACCGCUGCUGCUGCUGCUGCAGCAGACAGCGGGAAUUUCGCCGCGACGUCGUUUCAGACGCCGAUCCCAACAACAGCUGUUGCUCAUUCCCAGCAGGAAGCCAUGAUGGAUAUCUGGGAAGAAGAUAGUUUAUGGAAGGAGAAUCUGAGGAGAGAGAGUCUUCGACAUGCUCAGAGUGUCGAAGCUCUUGAUGCUGGGGCGGCAGGAGCAGCGGGUAAUAAUAAUAUGAUGAUGAUGACGGACGCCCCCGUGGCGGCUAGGCCGUCAGCCAACGCCCGUGUGACGCGGGAUGUGAUCUACGUGAAUGAUUUGGCGGCUGGUGACGUGCGGGAGCGGGGCGUCGCGACGACGACGACGACGGCGGUGACAACGAGAACGUCACUUGUUCCGGCCCGAGUAGGUGGGAGGCUGUCUGGAGUGCCCUCCUCGAAUCCUGAUAGCCAUCGGCAGAUGAACCGCAAGUAUCUGCAUCAUCCUCAGCAACAACAACAACAACAUCAUCAUCAUCAUGAUGCAGAAAGGGCUUGUGCAGAAGAAACCCACACAGAAUCGGAUCUUUUGGGAUUGGAAGGAGUUCAACAAGAAAAGACCAACUCUUGCUAUACCAAGGAAGAGAUUUUCACAUCAUCCUCCCAUAAUGAAGAGAUCGGUGCAACUGGUUGGAAUCCGUGA